AUGGCUUUGGUAGCAGAGGAUGUCAAGAGCAGAUCGGAGGUGUACCACGGGGAAGAAAUCUGCCAAGUGAAGUCGAAAGAGCUACUCAAGGAAAUCGCUCUCCCCAAUGGUCUCUUGCCCCUCAAAGACAUAGAAGAGUGCGAGGCUCAUGUAGAAAAAGGAAAGAUCUCCAAGCUCACCGGUGUGAAGACGAAGGAGAUAUUGCUCUGGAUCACGCUCAGUGACAUAUACGUCGAUGACCCUCUCAUCGGCAAAAUCACCUUUAAACCCCCCCGCUUGGCUAUUUCGGUCUUUUCCUGUCUCCACCUUCGAGCUCAGAGAGAGGAAGGUCCAGCGAGACGAUUGGCUGCGGCGCGGUGUGAUUCCGACAUCGAUAGGGCGGCGCGUGAAGAAUACACGUCCGAGCUCAGCUGGAGAAAGGUGGCGCGUGACGGCACGUGCGAAGGAUUUUGA